AUGAAUCACAUGAUUCUAGGGAAAGAGAAACUUAAGUGUAGUUGAGCUGUUGUGUGUUUGUGUCUCUGUAUUCAGCAAAAUGGAAGACGACAGAAUUUCAGUAAAUAAGAAGGAGUUCAUGUGUCCAGUGUGUCUGGAUCUCCUGAAGGAUCCAGUGACCAUUCCCUGUGGACACAGUUACUGUAAGAUCUGUAUUACAGACUGCUGGGAUCAGGAGGAUCACAAGAGAGUAUACAGCUGUCCUCAGUGCAGACAGACCUUCAGUCCAAGACCUGCUUUAUCUAGAAACACCAUGCUGGCUGAAGUGGUGGAGAAACUGAGGAAGACCAGACUCUCUGCUGACUGCUACGCUGGAGCUGGAGAUGUUCAGUGUGACGUCUGUACUGGAAGAAAAUACAGAGCCGUCAAGUCCUGUCUGAUGUGUCUGAACUCUUACUGUCAGAAUCACCUCCAACAACAUGAGAGUUUCUUUAGAGGAAAGAGACACAAUCUGACUGAAGCCACUGGACGACUGCAGGAGAUGAUCUGCCAGAAACAUGAGAAGAUCCUCGAGGUUUUCUGUCGGACUGACCAGGAAUGUAUAUGUAUGCUGUGUACGAUUAUUGAACAUAAAAACCACGACAUUGUAUCAGCGGCAGCACAGAGGACAGAGAAACAGGAGCAGCUGAAGGAGACUCAGAAGACGUUCCAGCAGAGAAUCCAGCAGAGAGAGAAGGAUCUCCAGCAGCUGAGAGAGACUGUGGAGUCUCAUAAGCGCUCUGCACAGACAGCAGUGGAGGACAGUGAGAGGAUCUUUACUGAGCUCAUCCGCUCCAUUGAGAGAAGCCGCUCUGAGCUGAUACGACUGAUCAGAGAUCAGGAAAAGACUGCAGUGAGUCGAGCUGAAGAACGACUGGAGCGACUGGAGCAGGAGAUCAAUGAUCUGAGGAGGAGAGACGCUGAGCUGGAGCAGCUUUCACACACACAGGAUCACAUCCAGUUCCUGCAGAGUUUCCAGUCUCUCUCAGCACCUCCUGAAUCUACAGAUGUAAAUGUUGAUCUCUUCAGUUCUCUCUUCUCUUCUGAUGAUCUGAGAGAAUCUGUCCAUCAGCUGAGAGACAAACUGGAGGAUUUCUGCAAAGAGGAGCUCAAGAAGAUCUCAGACAGAGUCACACUCGCCAACAUUGCUCUCUGGACCAGAAAGGACUUCCUACAAUAUUCCCAUCAGCUCACUCUGGAUCCAAACACAGUGAAUAAAAACCUCCGUCUGUCUGAGAGAAACAGAGUGAUUACUAACACUGACACACUCCAGUCGUAUCCUGAUCAUCCAGACAGAUUUGAUGUGUAUCUCCAGGUGUUGUGCAGAGAGAGUGUGUGUGGACGCUGUUACUGGGAGAUUGAGUGGAGUGGAAGUGUGUGUGUAUCAGUGUCAUAUAAGAGCAUCAGCAGGAAGGGAUGUGGUAAUGAGUGUGGGUUUGGAAAUAAUGAUCAGUCCUGGAGUUUGUAUUGCUUACACUCCAGUUACUCAUUCAGACACAAUAACAUACAGACUGAUCUCCCUAUAAAGUCCAUCAGCAGUAGAAUAGGAGUGUAUGUGGAUCACAGUGCAGGAACUCUGUCCUUCUACAGCGUCUCUGACACAAUGAACCUCAUCCACACAGUCCAGACCACAUUCACUCAGCCGCUCUAUCCUGGGUUUACUGUUUGUUAUAAAUCAUCAGUGAAACUGUGUUGAUGAAUCAGAAUAGAUUGAUGAGAGAUUCUACCCAUAAUGCUUUGAGCUGCAUGAUGAAUCAGUAACAGUGAGAUGUUAUAGAGUCUCUUCUUUCCUCUUCAUGACACUAAUACUGCAGCUGAACUUCUGUCAGUGAAAUAACAUGAAUCAGAAUAAAUGUGUAAUAAAUCCUC